ACGGCGCAGUGAUAGAAGUAUUCAUGCUCGAUGAAUGUCCGUGUUGCAUCAUUCAAGGCGCGGUGGCGCGAGUUGUGAACUCGCGAUUCCCCCCUCCAUGCUGGUAGUGCGGUGUCGCUCAGAUUCGGGAGGAAAGUUAAAGGGUGAGGCCCGAGUACGUCUCUCCUAUCUUCGGCUGUGAUGCUCACCUAGACCUUGAAACACCACUACACUUAGGACAAACUGAACCAACACAACAUGGAGUGAGGGAAUAGAGCAAGGGAAAAGAAGCGUAUUGAUGACGGCGCAGAGAUGCAACUAUUCGUGCUCGAUGGAUGUCCGUGUUGCAUCUGCAAAAUUGAAGGCGAGAUGGCGCGAGACGUGAACUCGCAGUAGUGCUCCGCUCUAUGCUGCAGCAAUGCUAUUUUAUGUCUCAUGCCGUGGCAUGCCAAUAGGUGCCGCUCAAAUUCGGCAGAAAAGGUUUUAAAAAGCGAGCCUCGAAUACGCAGGGCCGAAUUUACGGGAGGGCAACAGGGGCUAGUGUCCCCGGCGGCAAAUUUUGAGGGGCGGCAAAAUUCGAGAGGGGUUUUUUUUUUAAUUUUUUCGAGGGCGGCAAAAAAAAUUUACAGCAUCUCUAUCAAAAUCGUAUGAGUCAAGGUACGGACUUUUCUCUUCUUUUUCAUUUUUUUUUUCGUUCAUUUUUCUCAGCAGCUUAGUUCAACUGUAUUUUUCUCAUGUUUAUCUUUCGGCUCUUUACUUGACUUACGGGUUGUUAAAUGAGAUUUACGCGGCGCAGCGCAACGCAAUUACCUACGUUAUUACGUAUACGUUACGCCCAGAGCCCGGUUGCAGGUAAAUUACUUUUUUUUUUAUUUUCCGACAGGUAAAAAAAAAUGUCACAACUAUUAUUAUGAUUUCGUUUCAAUCAUCGAUCUGCGUUGUAAUAAACAGCUAUGAUCUAUUGAUCCGCAUCUCUCUUUUUUUUACAAUGUUUUCCUUUCUUAUUCCUUUUUUUCAUAGAAGCAAGUUAGCAAGCCAUGGUUGCCGAGUCGGAAUGUCUCACCAUGACUCCAUCUUUUAGAGGUAAAUAUCGCAACUCUGCCUUGAACGCAUGCGCAUUUGUUCGGAAAUCUGAAGACAAAAGAGAGAGAAAAAAAAUCCAGGUAGAAGAAAUGUAACCUAUGUGAUUUACGUUAUGAUAAUCGAUGCAUUUGAAGAUCUAUCUCGCGUGUUGAUUAAAAAUAUAAAGACUAAAUUACUUCCUUAUUUAAGCGUGUAAAUAAGUGUAGUGGAUAAUAAAAGUAACAAGAAUCGAGUGCACUGCUAUGUUUAAUUUCUCCUCGCCAACAGAGGAAAAGUGUGAUAGAUAACUGCAAAUAUUUGUGUCCUUUCCGCUCAAUCUCACAUUUGUUACAACCGGUGAGACCUGAUCAGCUGUUCCGAUCCCAUCCUCGCCAUCUAUUUUUAGUGCCGACGGAGCACCGAACGAAUAAUUAGAGAAAGUUGAGAAAAAUAAGUAAAUAUGUCGGACAAAGGGUUCGAAGAAGUGAUGAAGCAAAACUACUUGCGAACCGUGAAGGAGCUGGUGUGUCCUGGAUGCGACGAACGCUUACUCCGCUGGCCGGUUCGCACUUGUAUUCUUGGUCAUGGUGUCUGCCGCCUCUGCAGGGACCAGAUGAAACUUUGCCCGGUGUGCAAUCUGCCGCUGGUCAACGAGAAGAGCAAGGUACUGGACAAGUUCUUGAGGCUGCUGUACGACGAAUACGCCAAGUUGAAGAUCGACACCCGGAUCAAGGCUACGGCGCCGACGACGACGCCGAAGGUGAUGGCUAGGAAGCCACCGGUGCACCCGCCCGUAGGCUACAGGCGCCGCAACCGGCAAACCCCGCCGGGCGGAGGAGCAGGGCCACGUCCUGUCGGGAGCACCGGACCCCACCGUCCGCCACCCCGUCCCCUUUUCACUCUGCCCUGUCCUCGUCUCCCCUUCGCCGCCCCGCAUCACGGACCACACCUCGCUUUCAUCCCCCGCGCAGCGACCCUUCCUUUGAUGAAAGACUGAACAGCGAUUCGUCGGAAAGAUUCCUUCAAGAAGUAUGGGAUUCACCGAGACCCGCCGAUGCAUCCUUUCUUCAUGACGACAGCGAGCGAGUACGGGUUCUACCCACCGACGCACCACACCGUCCCGGUCAAAUACCACGUUCGCCCUCACCAGUUC